CGUGUAAACACCAACACCAGCCACACGGAACCACGGAGAGAGACAGAGAGAGUCUGCAGCAGGACUACACAUAUCUCCUCUAUUAACUCAGUAACUGUGAAUGGGAAAGCUCGUAUUACAGUCCCGCUGCUGACUCUGUAGCCUAGCGGCGGUAGAGACCGGAAGAAAAGCCCGGUCCGGUCCGGUGUGUGGUAGUGGUUUCAUUGUGAGGAGGACGGAGAGGAGCGGAGGCGGCGGCGGGGUGACCAUGGCAGCAGCGACCGCUGUGGAGGCUGCGAGCGACGGAGGAGGAGGCGCCGCUUUCACCGGCGUCCAGAGCCGCGACUGGGACGAGACCCAGCUCCGAAAAUACUCCUUCAACACCCAGCCCAUACCCAGGCUGUCUCACACCGACCCCAGAGCAGAGAUGCUCAUCAACAACGAGGAACCGGUGGUUUUAACAGACACAAACCUCGUGUAUCCGGCUCUCAAAUGGGACAUUGCAUACCUCCGGGAGAACAUUGGAAAUGGAGAUUUCUCUGUUUACACGGCAGAAAACCACAAAUUCCUCUACUAUGACGAGAAAAAAAUGGUCAAUUUUGAGAACUUUGUCCCCAAGUCGCAACGGACGGAAAUGAAAUUCGCCGAAUUUGUGGAUAAAAUGCAUAUAACGGAGGAAAUGGGAGGAGAGGAGAGGGUGUAUCUGCAGCAGACCCUGAAUGACACAGUAGGGAAGAAGAUUGUUGUUGACUUCCUCGGUUUCAACUGGAACUGGAUCAACAAGCAGCAAGCCAAGAGAAACUGGGGACAGCUGACCUCCAACCUGCUGCUCAUAGGCAUGGAGGGCAAUGUGACGCCAGCACAUUACGACGAGCAGCAGAACUUCUUUGCACAGAUCAAAGGCCACAAGAGAUGCAUCCUCUUCCCUCCAGACCAGUUUGAGUGUCUCUAUCCGUACCCUGUGCACCACCCCUGUGACAGACAGAGCCAAGUUGAUUUUGAUAACCCCGAUUACGAGAAGUUUCCCAAUUUUAAAAAUGUUGUUGGCUAUGAGACUGUCGUGGGCCCAGGAGAUGUGCUCUACAUCCCCAUGUAUUGGUGGCAUCACAUUGAAUCCCUGUUGAGCGGUGGAGUGACGAUCACUGUAAACUUCUGGUACAAAGGCGCCUCCACACCCAAGAGGAUAGAAUACCCACUGCGAGCUCACCAGAAGGUGGCCAUCAUGAGAAAUAUUGAGAAAAUGCUGGGAGAAGCACUCGGAGACCCGCAUGAGGUUGGACCUUUACUGAAAACGAUGAUCAAGGGGCGAUAUGACCAGGAUCUCAGUUAGACCCCCCCACUCUUAAAACUGUUUUGAAACUAGACUGCUUUGGAAACUGUGUGCCGUGUGAAAGUGAGACUGCUGCAUGCGUUAUGCGCAUUCUGACUUUGGAGCUAUACGUAUCACUGCACGGCAAUAAGCGGCCAUAUUGAAACCAUUUUGCUUCAGUCGUCUGCGAGUGCCAUGGUCGUCGCAAACACAUCAGUCACAGAAGAAACGUCUGACUAUCUCAUGGGAAUUCGCCCUACUUGAAGAAGUCUUUUUUUUUUCAUUUUGUCUUUUGAGAAGAAGGCCUGAUUUGUCUGUAGUCUAGAUAUAUUUAUGUAAAUCAGUCUUUUCUCAGCAUAAUUCAAGUUUAUGUAAGGGUAUUUGGGUGCAUUUGCUCACCCAGUCAAUAGAAGUUCGGUACCUUUUGGAACAAGCUCAAUGUUUUGACCACUAAUGGAUAAGUUAAGGGGUAUUACUGUAUAUAUAUAUACAGUACACGUCAGUUAAAUACAUUUCUUACAUACAUGUAAUAACACAGUGUUGGGUUGAUUACUAAGUGUGGAGUGAUCAUAUUGUAUUCUCCAUCUUUAUCACACAGACAGCUUUAAAACUGAUUUGGUUCAUACCGCUAAAGAUGACUUGUCUUUUAAGUGUUUUUGAAAUAUUUAUAAUCCGCAUUAUCUCCAAGCCUACCUUCAUGUUUUUGGGAGUGAUCAGCAGAAAUUGUCUGACAUCAUAGUCACGGUAAUAACAACACAGAAGUACAGCGAUUAAACGCUGUGGUGAAAUAUGAUCAAAAAAUAUGUGUGGGUGUAAAAACGCUGAAGAAAUAUGUGACUGCUUGCAGCUAAGUUCUUUUAGCUGAGCGAUGCUGCUCUUUUGUUUAUUUUCUCGCUUGUUUGAUUUGUUUGACUUUAUUGAAUGUGCUUUUCUGCGUACCAGUAAUAGGUGAGGCGGCACCCGAAAACAAAUUGCGUACUGCAAUUUUAGCUGAAAAAUACAGUUAACUGAAAGAAAUAUAAGAAAAUACAGUAAGUCACUGUUUUUGGGGAAACUAAGAAGAGUGAUUUCUGCUGAUGGAAUAUGAUGGUUAAAACUGUAAAAGUAGUUAGAGUCAAAUCUUGUUAACAGACUGAACCAGCAGGGCCAUCUGCUGGGAUAAAGCUGAUGUAUCAAUGCAAUGCAAUGUACCAUCUAGUGGUCAAGUUGUAUAGUUACCUGGUCCAUGCACUAUACUGCUGCAAUACCAAUAUUCAAUAUGCUGUGUUAAAUGCAGCAGAUCUGAGAUAAAAUUACGCUGCAAUGUGUACAAAAGUCUAACUCCAGUUGGAAACCUGUACCUGAUUACCGUAAGUUACCAAUCCUCAGAAAUGCAAUGAUUUUUUUACUUAAAUGCAGCCAUAUUUUGAAGACCUUAAAGUGAGAGCAUCUUGAAAGAUGUCUGUUUCUGUGCAAGUUUAAAGUGCUCGCGUAAAAAUGUACAUUAAACAAAAGGGGAUUAUAAUGUCACAUGUUGUGCUGUAUGUGCCAAACCGACAUACAAACCAGUAGAUGGGUAUCGCCCUUUUCACAAAGCUUUGUUUGCGUGUGACAUUGGAUGAAUCAGAACUAUAAAUUUGGAACAUCCAAGCACAUAAUUCACCAGGGAUAUAAAGGUUUUCAGGGUUUUGUUACGAUUAACCUUCAGAGUGUUGAAAUCGUGCAUCUGUUCGUUUCAAAUUGGAUGGUGAUAGAACGGACAUGCUUCCUCUGUAAACCUGAUGUAAGACUGAUGUGUCAUCUCCCUCUCCUAUUGCUAAGUUAACCCUGUUUACUGUAGUUGUGUGCCUUGCUUAUUGGCACGGCACUAAAUGUUGCAACGACUUGAUUUUUAAAUUUUUUUAUUUUACGGUCAACAUAUUUUUUUUCACUCUGGCCUUAAACAGCUUUAAAUGUGUGGCUGACAAAGGUUCAUAGAGAGGGGGCAUGCUUUUAUUGAAGAAAGCCCGUUUUUUGUUUUGAACAUACAGUAUGUGCUCUCCUUGUUCCUCUGAUUAAAGUUUGUUUGCGAAGCUCUACUGA